AUGAUAGAGCCCACAGCUCAAGGAUACCAUUCAAAACUCCCGCGACUUCCGCCUGGCUUCGACCAACCAAGCUACUACAUCGGGGAUUUGGGAAACGAUAUCAGCGAUGAUGCGGAUGAUGAUGCGGAUGCGAUGCAUCUAGACGAGGCCGAAGCUGCAGGCCCUUCCUUGAACAAGCGUCAACCACGAAUUCGGUCCACUGAUGAUAUCUCUAUUGAGGGCGAUACAUUACAGCACAGUUAUGAAGUUGCCGAGUCGGAUGAUGGGCUUCUCGAGAAGGGACCUCACAGAAGGUGGUUUAUAGGCUAUCCAGGAAAGGACGGGAGAGCUAAGGGAGUGACUGGCGACGAAGAUCUCGCAGGAUCAAUUGAGAAUCUUGAGAAAAGUCCCGACGGCCAUGGACAGUGGCAUAUACUAAGAAUGGGGGAUGUUGACGACGGGUCUGUGCAGAGAUUGAACGCGAAAUACCGCAUAGGAAAUGAACUCGAGUCCAGCACUACACCAGAACUACAGGAAGCAUUCAACCUAUGGCAAAACCCAAUGACGGCAGUUUUGGCCGAUCAUCCCGACGGUGCUGGCUAUGUUGAAGGCAUCCAAAACAGGCAACCUCCAUUCUACGAGCAGAAUCUUCGCUAUCUGGAACGUACCUUUGGAGCUCCUUGGAAGGUGACACGCGUGUUCGAACCGGUCAACACGUUAACGGCACAGCACGCUCAACGCAAGGAAUAUGCCUACGCGAAGGACGGUGGUCCUGUAUGGAAAGAUUUUGGGUUAUACAGUAUUCAGAUUACUAAGAAACUGGAACGUCAAUUGAAGCGCCACGAAGGAAACCCCGGCGAACGCCCUUGGGACAUGCUUACAGACCUUGUGUCUGGCAGAACACACAGUCAGCAUCAACAAACUGCACCUUCAGAAGCUCGUGAGCGCGCCGAGACUUCUCCAAUGCAAACAGGAAGCGAAGUUUCGAGUCCAGCGCAGAGUGAGGGCGGUUGGAUAAUAAAAGUGAGUGUCGACGGGGAUAUCAUAGGUGUAACCGAAGACCAGAACGUUGUGACUGAACUCUUGGGAUUCCUGGACUCCGAUAUGGGCAGAAGCCGCUGGUCAAUACAGAAUGUCGCAUAUGACCUUGAGGGGGAGGUCUUGAGAAAAGAGUAUGGUGUGGGUCAGGGCGAUCGGACAUCUAAAGCAGUGUUGGACGCGAUUGCGCUUUGGAGAAGACCAGGUCUUGCGUUAAAGUGCUUUUUUCCGAACAGGAUGCUAGGCCAUGAGAAGGACGAAAAUGCUUAUGAUCCAUCCGAACCCUUUGUCUCCGCGGAUCUACGCAAAAACCUACGGGAUUGGGAAGAUAAGCACGAGAAGAUCGACAUGCAACGCUACCAAGAAUUCACCGAUCGAUUUGGUCAAAUCACUCUAGAAAACUUAACGCUCUGGAGGCAAGGAAAGUCAGCAUUAGAUGCUACCAGGGAGUAUCCAAUCUAUUCUAUCGUUUACUCAGACAAUGGUAGCGGUCCGAUGAAGGAGGGAACUACUGAUGAUCCUUUUAUGAGAGACAAGGUCAGGUACAUUCGGAAGCAUUGGGAUCAAAGGUGGAAGAUCAGCCAAACCCUGGUCGAGGACCGCGAACAAGCUCUUCAACGCAUGUUUAAUGUUGAUGGUGGGAAAUGGCAGGCAACUCUACCCUACUACUGCACCGAAAACUUGUGGCGAUCAAUAGAAGAUAUAGAGAUGUACAAGCUCGGGCAAGACAAGAGAAUCACCCGUGACAUGAUAAAGAGUUUAGGUGAUGACGACAGCGGAGACGAAGGUGAUAGGGAGGACGACGACAGUGGAGAUAGCGAUGACGACGAGGAAGACGAUGAUGGCGAGGAUGGAGAUGGCAGUGAAGACGGUGAUCAGGACGUUGCGAUGGGCGGAGUGACCCAGUUCCCCUAG